UUUUCAAACUAGCAACAUGCUUGUUUAAACGUCAGACUCAAUAUUUGAGAAAUGAUUGUCAAGUGAACAACGUAAACAGAAUUUUUUUACAAAUUUGAUCACAAUAAAGUAAUGAUGAGUAGCCGUAAUCCUACCACUCUCAUGAGUGUUCCUGAUGAACAAUUCGAUUAUCUAUUUAAAAUAGUUCUAAUUGGUGAUUGUGGGACGGGCAAAACGUGCAUUGUGCAACGAUUGAAGUCCGGUAACUUCAUAGAAAGACACGGUAAUACAAUAGGCGUAGAUUUUUCAAUGAAAACUCUAAUAGUUGACGGAAAGAAGGUCAAGCUUCAGAUAUGGGACACUGCUGGACAGGAAAGAUUCAGAACAAUAACUCAAAGCUAUUAUCGCUCUGCGAAUGGAGUAAUUAUAGUGUAUGAUAUAACUAAAAGGUCUACAUUUUUGUCCUUACAAAAAUGGAUAGAAGAAGUUAGACGAUACACAUCUUCCAACGUUAUUGUAUCUUUGAUAGGAAACAAGUGUGACUUGAUUGAUCAGCGUGAAGUUGAGCCUGAUGAACCAAAUUCAUUCUGUCGUUACAUACCUGAGAUUAUGUUUGUAAUGGAGACGUCAGCAAAGGAUAAUACAAAUGUGGAAGAUACUUUCCGUGGCCUAGCUACUGAACUGAAGCGGCAACACGAUAACAGUGAAGGUCCACCAGCAGAAUCAGAUUCCGUUGUACUUGGUGAAAGCCAUCCAGUGAGUAGGUGUCAGCCUUGUAGGUCUUCUUAGAUUUCUAAACUUUGUGUAUGUCUUUAUAAUUUGAUUUUAGCAGCCUGGAUAAAACCAAAUAUUUUUUAUCCUGCCAUGAUUUAAUGGUUAUGUUUGUGCUUUGUAAAUAUUGUCAC